CAGAGCUGUAUUAGCAUCUUAAGACAUUGCUUGAGACGAUCUUGAAAUAAGAUUUGACUAUGAAUACCGGCCUAUAUGUCGGUGUACUAAUGUGCUGUCAGCCAUCAUUCCCUCCAGGCUCCACAUACAGCCAGCGUGCUGUAAAAAUGUGUAAAAAGCUUCGAUCUCCAUUGAUCUUGCAUCGCUGCUUCGAUUAAAAUUAUAAUAUGCAAUAACUUAAUCGCUGAUUAAGAAGUUGUCAACAUAACAAAAUAAUUCAGUGCGAUCAUUAUAUUUGAUUGUAUUUUUGACGAAAGAUUAGGUUAGGCAUAGAUCUUGUGUGAUUUCUAACAGUUCUGACUAAAAUCAAGAUUCGAAUUGUUAGAACAAGAGAGCUCAAUCAAUUUAGUCCUUAUAUUUUUGUGGAAUACGCUUCGUACAUUUUUGGAAAAAUAAGGAUAAAAAGAUCUGUGCAUUGAUCAUGAAGGAUUAAUCUCAGACACAAGUUUUUUUAUUAAUAAAAACAAAUGUAAACUGAAUUAGCAAAUCAUAUUUGAUCUAAACAAAUAUCUAAUGCUCUAAUAGCAAAGCAUAUUUUUAUAUUAAGAAUUAAAUAAUAGCAAUUAAUUCUGUUGUGUUGCUACUUACAACUAUAAAAUGAAUGUAACACCUCCCAUCAAACCACCACGAGGAAUUAAGCCAACAAAAGAAACGAGUGGUUUGCUGAUUUCGGUGAUCCGCGCUUUAUCAGCAAGUGAAACAAAUGAGCAACGUGAGAUUGAGAAAGCAAAGUUGGAAAAGGAGUACAAACGAAGCGAUCAACGACUAGAAGAAUUAGUUUCAUCGCAUGAUCAGGAUCUUAUGGAAGUUAUGCAGAUAUUUAGCGCACUGUCCGAGAAAGUUACAUCAUCGCGAGAAAAAAUUCAUGCAGUGAAGGAGAAUCUGAAUGCCUGCAAACAAUUGCUGAGAUGUAAACGAGAGGAAUUAUUGAACUUGUGGCUGGAAGGAAUAGAACAUAAACAAGUCUUACAUCUUCUAAAAGAUGUAUCAUCAGAUUCAUGUGGACGUAUAAUAACAGAACCUGAGUUAUUACCAUUAGCCAACACAUCGCAAGACACCAUAAUAGAUCAGUAGUCAUAAGUGUUAUUCUACUGUAUAAAAAUAUAUAAAUAUUUAGUUUAUAAAUCUUUUCUAAUAUUUA